AUGCUGCCUGCUGCCACAGCCUCCCUCGUGGGGCUCCUCCUCACUGCCUGGACCCUGCUGCCCUUUGCCCAGGGCCAGACCCCCAACUAUACCAGACCUGUGUUCCUGUGUGGAGGGGAUGUGACUGGGGAAUCGGGUUACGUGGCAAGUGAGAGUUUUCCCAACCUCUACCCCCCCAAUAAGGAGUGCAUCUGGACAAUAACGGUCCCUGAAGGCCAGACUGUGUCCCUUUCCUUCCGAGUAUUUGACUUAGAGCUACACCCUGCCUGCCGUUAUGAUGCUCUGGAGGUCUUUGCUGGUUCUGGAACCUCGGGCCAACGGCUCGGACGCUUCUGUGGGACCUUCCGGCCAGCACCCAUCGUGGCCCCGGGCAACCAGGUGACCCUGAAGAUGACAGCGGAUGAGGGUACAGGAGGACGAGGCUUCCUGCUCUGGUACAGCGGGCGGGCCACCUCGAGCACUGAGCACCAGUUUUGCGGGGGGCGGCUGGAAAAGGCCCAGGGAACACUGACCACGCCCAACUGGCCCGAGUCUGAUUACCCCCCGGGUAUCAGCUGUUCCUGGCACAUCAUCGCGCCUCCAGACCAGGUGAUCUCGCUGACCUUCGGGAAGUUUGAUGUGGAGCCCGACACCUACUGCCGCUAUGACUCGGUCAGUGUGUUCAACGGAGCCGUGAGUGACGACGCCAAGAGGCUGGGGAAGUUCUGCGGAGACACAGCCCCGGGUCCCAUCUCCUCCGAAGGGAAUGAGCUCCUCGUCCAGUUCGUCUCAGACCUUAGCGUCACUGCCGAUGGAUUCUCAGCCUCCUACAGGACCCUGCCGAGGGGUGCCGCCAAAGAAGGGCCAGCUCAUAGCCCGGGAGAGGAUGCCCGGCCAGUUCCCCCGCUCCCUGGCCCAGGCCCCAAGCCAGGAGCCCCGCCCAAAGUCAAGCAGGAACGCCCACCUGCGGAGAAACCAAAAACCUCACCUGAGGUCCAGGCAAUUCCUGUGGGCCCUGAUGCACCCAGUGUCACCUGCCCAAAACAGUGCCGGCGGACUGGCACCUUGCAGAGCAACUUCUGUGCCAGCAAUCUGGUGGUGACGGCAACAGUGAAGUCCAUGGUUCGGGGGCCAGGAGAGGGCCUGACUGUCACUGUCAGUCUCAUUGGUGUUUACAAAACUGGAGGCCUGGACCUGCCCUCUGCACCUGCUGAUACCUCCUUGAAGUUUUACGUGCCUUGCAAGCAGUGCCCCCCCAUGAAGAAAGGAGCCAGCUAUCUGCUGAUGGGCCAGGUGGACGUGAACAGAGGUCCUAUCCUUCCUCCAGAUAGCUUUGUGGUUCUCUACCGGCCCACCCAGGAUAAGAUCCUCACCAAUCUCAGCAAGAAGAGGUGUCCCGCCCAGCCUGUUCGGGCUGCUAGGUCCCAGGCCUGA